GUUUCCGGGGCAGCGCGGUUACCUGCACCGCCCGAGCCGCACCUGGCGGAGGCAGAAGUCACAAACCCGGCGAGCUCAGAGCGGUGGAGCGGCGAGGAGGGACGGCACCCGGCUGCAGGGAGGAGGGAGGCGGCAGCGGCAGCGGCGGCGUGGAGGGCGCAGCGCGCCGCGCGGCGGAGGAGGGCAGACGGCGGCGGCGGCGGCGUUUGCCUCGCUCUGCCCGGCCGGCUGGGCGCGCACCCGGGCUCGCACCGCGCCGCUGCGGACGCACAUGGCAGCGUGAGAGGCCGGCGGCGGGAGGAGCGGGCGGCGCCGGGUCGGGGCUGCAGGGCCGCAUGGACAGCGGCGCCACCCCGGCCGGCCCCCACUAGGGCCCCCCAUCUGCGGGCGCCACCCCCCGGAUCAUGGUGCCUCGGCGGCCGCCCGGGCUAAGAGCGGCCGGCUGGAGCCGCUGAGCCCCCGCUGCGGCCGGGAGCUGCAUGGGGGAGCGCCGGCAGCGCUCGGGAAGAUGCCCCGGCCGGAGCUGCCCCUGCCGGAGGGCUGGGAGGAGGCGCGCGACUUCGACGGCAAGGUCUACUACAUAGACCACACGAACCGCACCACCAGCUGGAUCGACCCGCGGGACAGGUACACCAAACCGCUCACCUUUGCUGACUGCAUUAGUGAUGAGUUGCCGCUAGGAUGGGAAGAGGCAUAUGACCCACAGGUUGGAGAUUACUUCAUAGACCACAACACCAAAACCACUCAGAUUGAGGAUCCUCGAGUACAAUGGCGGCGGGAGCAGGAACAUAUGCUGAAGGAUUACCUGGUGGUGGCCCAGGAGGCUCUGAGUGCACAAAAGGAGAUCUACCAGGUGAAGCAGCAGCGCCUGGAGCUUGCACAGCAGGAGUACCAGCAACUGCAUGCCGUCUGGGAGCAUAAGCUGGGCUCCCAGGUCAGCUUGGUCUCUGGUUCAUCAUCCAGCUCCAAGUAUGACCCUGAGAUCCUGAAAGCUGAAAUUGCCACUGCAAAAUCCCGGGUCAACAAGCUGAAGAGAGAGAUGGUUCAUCUCCAGCACGAGCUACAGUUCAAAGAACGUGGCUUUCAGACCCUGAAGAAAAUCGAUAAGAAAAUGUCUGAUGCUCAGGGCAGCUACAAACUGGAUGAAGCUCAGGCUGUCUUGAGAGAAACAAAAGCCAUCAAAAAGGCUAUUACCUGUGGGGAAAAGGAAAAGCAAGAUCUCAUUAAGAGCCUUGCCAUGUUGAAGGACGGCUUCCGCACUGACAGGGGGUCUCACUCAGACCUGUGGUCCAGCAGCAGCUCUCUGGAGAGUUCGAGUUUCCCGCUACCGAAACAGUACCUGGAUGUGAGCUCCCAGACAGACAUCUCGGGAAGCUUCGGCAUCAAUAGCAACAAUCAGUUGGCAGAGAAGGUCAGAUUGCGCCUUCGAUAUGAAGAGGCUAAGAGAAGGAUCGCCAAUCUGAAGAUCCAGCUGGCCAAGCUUGACAGUGAGGCCUGGCCUGGGGUGCUGGACUCAGAGAGGGACCGGCUGAUCCUUAUCAACGAGAAGGAGGAGCUGCUGAAGGAGAUGCGCUUCAUCAGCCCCCGCAAGUGGACCCAGGGGGAGGUGGAGCAGCUGGAGAUGGCCCGGAAGCGGCUGGAAAAGGACCUGCAGGCAGCCCGGGACACCCAGAGCAAGGCGCUGACGGAGAGGUUAAAGUUAAACAGUAAGAGGAACCAGCUUGUGAGAGAACUGGAGGAAGCCACCCGGCAGGUGGCAACUCUGCACUCCCAGCUGAAAAGUCUCUCAAGCAGCAUGCAGUCCCUGUCCUCAGGCAGCAGCCCCGGAUCCCUCACGUCCAGCCGGGGCUCCCUGGUUGCAUCCAGCCUGGACUCCUCCACUUCAGCCAGCUUCACUGACCUCUACUAUGACCCCUUUGAGCAGCUGGACUCAGAGCUGCAGAGCAAGGUGGAGUUCCUGCUCCUGGAGGGGGCCACCGGCUUCCGGCCCUCGGGCUGCAUCACCACCAUCCACGAGGAUGAGGUGGCCAAGACCCAGAAGGCAGAGGGAGGUGGCCGCCUGCAGGCUCUGCGUUCCCUGUCUGGCACCCCAAAGUCCAUGACUUCCCUAUCCCCACGUUCCUCUCUCUCCUCCCCCUCCCCACCCUGUUCCCCUCUCAUGGCUGACCCCCUUCUGGCUGGUGAUGCCUUCCUCAACUCCUUGGAGUUUGAAGACCCGGAGCUGAGUGCCACUCUUUGUGAACUGAGCCUUGGUAACAGCGCCCAGGAAAGAUACCGGCUGGAGGAACCAGGAACGGAGGGCAAGCAGCUGGGUCAAGCUGUGAAUACAGCCCAGGGGUGUGGCCUAAAAGUGGCCUGUGUCUCAGCCGCCGUAUCGGACGAGUCAGUGGCUGGAGACAGUGGUGUGUACGAGGCUUCCGUGCAGAGACUGGGUGCUUCAGAAGCUACUGCAUUUGACAGUGACGAAUCGGAAGCAGUGGGUGCGACCCGAAUUCAGAUUGCCCUGAAGUAUGAUGAGAAGAAUAAGCAAUUUGCAAUAUUAAUCAUCCAGCUGAGUAACCUUUCUGCUCUGUUGCAGCAACAAGACCAGAAAGUGAAUAUCCGCGUGGCUGUCCUUCCUUGCUCUGAAAGCACAACCUGCCUGUUCCGGACCCGGCCUCUGGACGCCUCAGACACUCUAGUGUUCAAUGAGGUGUUCUGGGUAUCCAUGUCCUAUCCAGCCCUUCACCAGAAGACCUUAAGAGUCGAUGUCUGUACCACCGACAGGAGCCAUCUGGAAGAGUGCCUGGGAGGCGCCCAGAUCAGCCUGGCGGAGGUCUGCCGGUCUGGGGAGAGGUCGACUCGCUGGUACAACCUCCUCAGCUACAAAUACUUGAAGAAACAGAGCAGGGAGCUCAAGCCAGUGGGAGUCAUGGCCCCUGCCUCAGGGCCUGCCGGCACGGACGCUGUGUCUGCUCUGUUGGAACAGACAGCAGUGGAGCUGGAGAAGAGGCAGGAGGGCAGGAGCAGCACACAGACACUGGAAGACAGCUGGAGGUAUGAGGAGACCAGUGAGAAUGAGGCAGUAGCCGAGGAAGAGGAGGAGGAGGUGGAGGAGGAGGAGGGAGAAGAGGAUGUUUUCACCGAGAAAGCCUCACCUGAUAUGGAUGGGUACCCAGCAUUAAAGGUGGACAAAGAGACCAACACGGAGACCCCGGCCCCAUCCCCCACAGUGGUGCGACCUAAGGACCGGAGAGUGGGCACCCCGUCCCAGGGGCCAUUUCUUCGAGGGAGCACCAUCAUCCGCUCUAAGACCUUCUCCCCAGGACCCCAGAGCCAGUACGUGUGCCGGCUGAAUCGGAGUGAUAGUGACAGCUCCACUCUGUCCAAAAAGCCACCUUUUGUUCGAAACUCCCUGGAGCGACGCAGCGUCCGGAUGAAGCGGCCAUCCCCACCCCCACAGCCUUCCUCGGUCAAGUCGCUGCGCUCCGAGCGUCUGAUCCGUACCUCGCUGGACCUGGAGUUAGACCUGCAGGCGACAAGAACCUGGCACAGCCAACUGACCCAGGAGAUCUCGGUGCUGAAGGAGCUCAAGGAGCAGCUGGAACAAGCCAAGAGCCACGGGGAGAAGGAGCUGCCACAGUGGUUGCGUGAGGACGAGCGUUUCCGCCUGCUGCUGAGGAUGCUGGAGAAGCGGCAGAUGGACCAAGCGGAGCACAAGGGUGAGCUUCAGACAGACAAGAUGAUGAGGGCAGCUGCCAAGGAUGUGCACAGGCUCCGAGGCCAGAGCUGUAAGGAACCCCCAGAAGUUCAGUCUUUCAGGGAGAAGAUGGCAUUUUUCACCCGGCCUCGGAUGAAUAUCCCAGCUCUCUCUGCAGAUGACGUCUAAUCGCCAGAAAAGUAUUUCCUUUGUUCCACUGACCAGGCUGUGAACAUUGACUGUGGCUAAAGUUAUUUAUGUGGUGUUAUAUGAAGGUACUGAGUCACAAGUCCUCUAGUGCUCUUGUUGGUUUGAAGAUGAACCGAUUUUUUAGUUUGGGUCCUACUGUUGUUAUUAAAAACAGAACAAAAACAAAAAACACACACACAAAAAAACAGAAACAAAAAAAACCAGCAUUAAAAUAAUAAGAUUGUAUAGUUUGUAUAUUUAGGAGUGUAUUUUUGGGAAAGAAAAUUUAAAUGAACUAAAGCAGUAUUGAGUUGCUGCUCUUCUUAAAAUCGUUUAGAUUUUUUUCGGUUUGUACAGCUCCACCUUUUAGAGGUCUUACUGCAAUAAGAAGUAAUGCCUGGGGGACGGUAAUCCUAAUAGGACGUCCCGCACUUGUCACAGUACAGCUAAUUUUUCCUAGUUAACAUAUUUUGUACAAUAUUAAAAAAAUGCACAGAAACCAUUGGGGGGGAUUCAGAGGUGCAUCCACGGAUCUUCUUGAGCUGUGACGUGUUUUUAUGUGGCUGCCCAACGUGGAGCGGGCAGUGUGAUAGGCUGGGCGGGCUAAGCAGCCUAGUCUAUGUGGGUGACAGGCCACGCUGGUCUCAGAUGCCCAGUGAAGCCACUAACAUGAGUGAGGGGAGGGCUGUGGGGAACUCCAUUCAGUUUUAUCUCCAUCAAUAAAGUGGCCUUUCAAAAAGAA